CAUUAUCCUCAUCCGUACAGCAUAAACUCCAACGUCUUCUUUGUCCGUUCACUCAUUCCUUCAAAAUUUAUUUAUGUAUUUUCUUUCCCAUCUCCAGUACCAACUUUAAUUGACUUCUUGGGAGUAUAUUUCCGUGGAAUUAGUUUGAUGUGCUCCGGAUAAUUUUCAAAGUUUACCGGUUUUCCUAUGUUUACAUAUAAUUCUUUCUUUGUUGAUUGAAUUUGUAAACAAACUUAUUAUAAUAAACUAUUAUAUGCGUGAUUAUCUUAAAUUCAAAAUGUAAUAUUGAAAUUUUUAAACGAAAAAUUAAAUAAUUUGAAAAGGGGCACAAUGGCCCAGAUUUUUCGUUCUUAAAAAUAUUCUCAUGCUGAUUGCAGGCUGAUUGGGAAAUAUGAUGACGUGAAACUAGCAGCAGGUAUUGACACCUGAUUCUAAGGUUAUAGAGUGAUCGACGCCAAUCACGUGAGGGGUGGAUAAAGCGAACGAUCGAGCGAGAAGAGUACAAUAUUCGAGCUUCAUUUGUGUAAUUGUGAGCAUAAGCUUCAAUUGCAUUAUUUCAAUUGCUAAUCUACUAUUUUCUACUCCCUCAUAAUCUCACUCCUCCUUCUGAAAAUUUCACGACCAGAAUGUCUCGAAACCUAAAUAUUUCAUUCUCUAUAAAUUUGAAAAACAAACACUUAAAUACUGAUGAAGGGGUAGCAUAUCACUCCACGUGUACAAUCGCGAAAAGCUUCAUGAUGGGGUGGGGUGGUGGGUGGACUAAGGGUGAAGGGGUGGGAGGUGGUGAGGAGGUAAUGAAACGCGUGCAGUUGUACAGAAGGUGUAUAGACCCAGUGUUUUGUAUCCUCUUUAAACAUUCAGGAGGGUGUACGUGUUACCAAUGUGAGUGGAGGGUAAAGGCACGUUUUCUAGAGUCGCCACUUCGAAUAACGAAUUUGAUCAUCGAGAGUAGAGUUUAAUAUAUUGUGUGGUGUGGAACAAAAGAUAAACGAUUUUUAGAUUUUCUGAAAAUCUGGGAAGCUCGCGUAUUACAAGAAUGACCACGAAAAAAGCCCCGAGGCAGUUGGGUAUGAGUGGAAUAAGUCGACACGCAGUGGUUUUGUAAAAACAAAACAUCAAAUGUAUAGAAGAAAAAGCAGAGACCAUCGCGCUGUCCCCAGCGUUAUUGUUUUGUUUUUCGGGGGGCUGACCGACGCCAUAACGUGUACCAGUGACGAUGUAUGAUUUUCUCGAUGAAAUUUAAUGCUCAAACAAUCACUUGACAUACAGCCAACGAAUAUACCCCCGAAACAACAACUGAAGUCUAUGAUGAACGCAAAUAUAUAAAAUAUUUUUUUUUCGGAAAAUCGGGGGAAUGAGGGAACCGUGUUAGACAGUGUUACCUUGUUUCAAAAGAAAUCCAGUGAAAUUUUGCAAAAAAAAGUGAAAAGUGUUUAACAAUGUCCAAAUCGUUUGGUUAUUUUUUCUCCAAUAAAAUAUUUUCCAAUUUAAUAAUCAAAUACCACAGAUCCCCUUUCUGUCCAAUUGGACCAGAAGUUUCUUAGAAAACUUUUCAUUUCACUUAAAUGAGGGCGACACCGCGGUCGUAAGACAUCAGUGAUGGUGUGCUAAGCGAAUGCACUCCUUGGCACACAAUGCAAAACCUACAUUAAUCUGUUGUUACUGGUGAGUGAAUACAAUUGAGUGGGCCAAAUUCAUUAUUAAUACAUCAACUGGAAUAAACUGCCUCCAUGCUCAGCUUCUAUACGCAAUGCAAUGAAGUUUUCUGUGAUGACGGAGAACUUAGACUGUUGAAUUCAUUUUGGUGAUAUCUCCAUGAUUCGUGACCUCCUGUGCCAUCAUGAAACGUUUAUCACAGGAAAACAGAUUGACCGAUGGCCAACGCACUCCAGACAUUCAAACAGACAAGAGUAAACCAGUUGACGUGAGUAAGAGUUAAGAUUGCAUUUGAAAUAUGCCUAAACAGCACUUCCAACACUUCUAAUCACGCAGGUGUAGAUAUAUUGAUUGAAGUAGUGUGGGGGGUAACCGGGUCCGAAGCAACAAGUGGUACGACCAAAUUAAACGACUCGAUAUAGUACCAUCCUUAUGUGCAGGGGUUUUCCAUUACUGGAUUUACGCACUAGCUUUACUCUACACAUGUUUAUGGACGUUACGCAAAAAUUCUCUAAACUAGAAUGUCCUCGGGGCAAGAGUUUUCCUAUAAAGUAGAUUUAUGCAAUCCUCCUUUCGACAACACUGAAAUUAUGAAAAAACAAACGACAGGGGAAUUGGGCAGAUCUUCUUUACAGAAAUUGAAGCUCUUCCUCCCCUAAUCCAUCAAAUAUUGAUACAGUUUUCAAGUGUUCUCCUGC